GUCAACUUUUGUGCCGCCCACUAAGCCAGUUGACGAUCGUGAGCAUGCUGUGGUUAUGGUGAGAAAUGAUGCGAUGUUCUUGAAUAUUCUCGUCAUUGUUGCAUCGAUAUGGCGGACGAGAUGAAAAUGACAUUGGUGUCCGAACUUAAAGGACAUAAGGACCGUGUGUGGUGUGUCGCGUGGAAUCCUGCGGGAACCGUGUUGGCCAGUUGCGGAGGCGACAAAAGCACUCGUCUCUGGGCGCUCGAAGGUGGAGAGUGGAUAUGUAAAGCCAUGUUGCUGGACGGACACAAGAGGACCGUGCGCUGCGUAGCGUGGUCUCCGUGCGGCAGCCGCCUCGCCUCGGCCAGCUUUGACGGCACUGUUUGUAUAUGGCGGAUCGAUGAGGAAUCGCGCACAUGGGAAAGUGUGGCCACUCUGGAGGGACACGAGAGUGAAGUGAAGGCUGUCGCAUGGUCCCCCUCGGGACGCCACCUGGCCACGUGCGGCCGAGACAAGACUGUCUGGAUAUGGGACGUGAUCGACGAUUCGGACCAGUACGAGUGCGCAUCUAUUCAGACAUGUCAUACCCAGGAUGUCAAAACAGUGAUCUGGCAUCCGACAGAAGAUGAGCUCGUGUCUGCCAGCUAUGACAACAGCGUGCGUGUGUAUGGCGAGCAGUUGGAUGACUGGGAGUGCGCAUGUUCAUUGUCCAAGCAUGAGAACACCGUGUGGUCUGUGUGCUUUGACGGCCGGGGCCACCGCCUCGCCUCUGGCAGCGCUGACGGCAGCGUCCGUAUUUGGACGCGACUCCAGAAAGCAUCGUCGGGAGAUGCCAGCUGGGAUUGCGAGGGCACGAUUGGCACGCUGCACCCGCGGCCUGUCUACAGUGUCUCUUGGUGCCCGCUUACCGGCUUACUAGCCACGGGUUGUGGCGACAACGGAGUUCGCGUGUUUGUCGAAGAGCAGUCUGGCUCGGGAGAGCCUUCUUGGCGGUUAGCAUGCCAUGAAUCGCACGAACAAGACGUCAACAGCGUCGCCUGGAACCCAUCCACGCCUGGUCUUCUCGCUUCAGCUGGGGACGAAGGUCGGGUGCGCAUAUGGAAAAUCGAACCACCGCCAUCAAAGGCCGUUCAAUAAAAUGUUCUGUUAAUAAAUAUCCGUUGUGUUGUGUACAUAA